AUGGAUUGUUAUGGCCAGAUUCUUGAAAGAAGGCAUUCUCGGCAAAUCGUGGAAGGCAUUCUCGGCAACAUAGAAGCCAAUGGCGACGUGGCGGUACGAGAGUAUUCGGAACAGUUCGACAAGUGGUCACCAGAGAGUUUUCGGGUGAGUCAGGCACAGAUCGAUGCCUGCUAUGACGCGCGCUCGCAGCAGGUCAUCGAUGACAUUAAGUUUGCCCAAACCCAGGUCCGUAACUUUGCCCAAAUCCAGCGUGAUGCCAUGCUCGAUGUCGAGCGUGAAACAUUGCCUGGGGUCACGCUAGGGCAUAAGAACAUCCCGGUGAACUCGGUCGGCUGUUACGUACCGGGCGGCAAGUACCCGCUAGUCGCUUCAGCUCACAUGAGCGUCGUCACAGCCAAGGUCGCCGGUGUCAAGCGGGUGAUUGCAGCGGCACCACCGUUCGAAGGUCAGCCAGCGCCAGCCAUUGUUGUUGCGAUGGAUCUUGCCGGGGCUGACGAGAUCUAUUGUAUGGGCGGCGUGCAAGCCGUGGGCGCUAUGGCUAUUGGCACCGAAUCGGUGGCCUCGGUAGACAUGUUGUCUGGGCCCGGCAACGCCUUCGUGGCAGAGGCCAAGCGUCAGCUUUUCGGCCGAGUCGGUAUCGACUUGUUUGCAGGACCGACAGAAACUCUGGUUAUUGCUGACGAUAGCGUUGAUGGCGGAGUUGUGGCCGCAGAUUUGCUUGGUCAAGCUGAGCACGGCCCAAACUCGCCUGCGAUCUUGCUGACCAACUCCGAGCAGCUUGCUCGUGACACGAUGGCCGAGGUCGACCGGCAGCUAACCGUGCUGGCGACCGCCGAGGUUGCCGGCCCGGCCUGGCGCGAGUAUGGCCAGGUGAUAGUCUGCGACAGUUACGAUGAAAUGGUUAGUGAGGCUGAUCGGAUUGCCUCUGAGCACGUGCAGGUGAUGACCAAAGAUCCAGACUAUUUCCUCAACAAUAUGACCACCUAUGGCGCCCUUUUCCUUGGUCCAGAACAACACGUCUCUUAUGGCGACAAGGUGAUCGGUACCAAUCAUACGCUACCGACCAACAAGGCGGCUCGCUAUACUGGGGGUCUUUGGGUUGGCAAAUUCCUGAAAACGUGCACGUACCAAAGGGUAACACCGGAAGCAACCGCCAUGGUCGGCGAGUACUGUUCCCGGCCUGUGUGCGAUCGAAGGUUUUGCUGGCCACAAAGAAACAAGCCGACAUCCGGGUCAGACGCUAUGGCGAAGCCGCAAGCUAACAAAACCGUUCCGCACAACGUAAGCGGUCCAUCCACCUCAUACGACGUGGCUCGCCACGCUGGCGUGUCGCAAUCGGCGGUCUCGCGUUGCUUCAAACCUGGCGCCAGCGUUUCCAAAAAGAUGCGCGAGCGGGUCAUGAGAUCGGUAAAGGCGCUGGGCUACCAGCCCAACGCCAUAGCUCGUGGCUUAAUCACGCGCCGGUCCAACAUGGUCGGCGUGAUCGUCUCAAACUUGCUCUUUUAUCCUGAAGUCCUAAACGAAUUGAGCAAACGCUUCACCGAACGCGGGCGUCCACCACUUGAUCAGGUUUGGCAGUAUCAGCUCGAUGGGGUGGUGGUUGCCGCCAACCUCAGCCAUGAACAGAUCAAAGCGUUUUCCGAACGCAAUGUACCACUGGUGUUUUACAACCGUUCGUUCGAGGAUGUUCCGGUGACUUCG